UUUUUAGCGCAGGGUUCCGUCACGUGACGGCGAGUGACGUCACCGAAUGUUGUUGUCGGGGCGGGCGGGGCCCCGCUGCAAAGAUGGAGGGGCGGCGGGGCGCGCGCGGGGCGACGGGGCCGGGACCGGGGCCCGCGCAGGGCUCCCGGGCGGCACAGGCACAGCCUCGGCGCUGACAGCCUCUCCGCACGGUCCCCCCCCGCACCAACGUCACCCGCCGGCCACCAUGGACCCCCAGAGUGACACAGGGCCGGAGGGGCCGGCGGAGCCCCCCGGGGAGCGGCGGGGCCCGGGGCUGGACGCGGUGGCGCGGGAGCGGCAGCUGCAGCGGGAGCUCCUGGCGCUCAAGCAGCAGCAGCAGCUCCAGAAGCAGCUGCUCUUCGCCGAGUUCCAGAAGCAGCACGAGCACCUCACCCGCCAGCACGAGGUCCAGCUCCAGAAGCACCUCAAGCAGCAGCAGGAGGCGCUGGCCGCGCGCCGGCAGCAGGAGCUGGAGCAGCAGCGGCAGCGGGAGCGGCAGGAGCUGGAGCAGCAGCAGCGCCUGGAGCAGCUGCACGCGCUGCGCAGCAAGGACAGGAGCCGCGAGAGUGCCAUCGCCAGCACCGAGGUGAAGCUGAAGCUGCAGGAGUUUCUGCUCAGCAAGACGAAGGAGCCGGGCACCGGCCCGCCCAACCAUUCCCUCCCCCAGCACCCCAAAUGUUGGGCUCACCACACCUCCUUGGACCAGAGUUCCCCGCCCCAGACUGGCAGCCCCGGGACUCCCCCCUCCUACAAACUCCCCCUCCUCGGCACCUACGACGGCCGGGACGAUUUCCCGCUGCGCAAAACCGCCUCCGAGCCCAACCUGAAGGUGCGGUCGCGGUUGAAACAGAAGGUGGCGGAGCGCAGGAGCAGCCCGCUGCUGCGCAGGAAGGACGGCACCGUCAUCAGCACCUUCAAGAAGCGCGCGAUUGAGAUCACGGUGUCCUCGCUCUGCAGCAGCGCCCCCGGCUCCGGGCCCAGCUCCCCCAACAGCUCCCACGGCGCCAUUGCCGAGAACGGCCUCACCGGCUCCGUCCCCAACAUCCCGGCCGAGCAGCUCCUGCCGCAGCCCCUGGCGCUGGACAGCUCCGGCCAGCUCAGCCUCUACACGUCCCCGUCGCUGCCCAACAUCUCGCUGGGGCUCCAGGCCACCGUCACCGUCACCAACUCCCACCUCAGUGCGUCCCCCACGCUGUCCCCGCAGGCGGAGGCCGAGCGCCCGGCGGUGGCCGCUCUGCGCCCCGGGGCCACCCUCACCGGCAAGUUCCUGAGCACGUCGUCCAUCCCGGGCUGCCUGCUGGGGGUGGCGCUGGACGGAGACCCCCCCGCCGGCCCCGCGUCCCUGCUGCAGCACGUCCUGCUGCUGGAGCAAGCGCGCCAGCAGAGCACCCUCAUCACCGUGCCGCUGCACGGGCAGUCGCCGCUGGUGACCGGCGAGCGCGCGGGGAGCGUGCGGACGGUGACGAAGCUGCCGCGGCACCGGCCCCUGAGCCGCACGCAGUCGUCUCCGCUGCCGCAGAGCCCCCAGGCCCUGCCCCACGGCGCGCUGCCCCACGGCGCGCUGCCCCACGGCGCCCUCCAGCAUCACUUCCUCGACAAGCAGCAGGUGUCGCUGGGCAAGCUGCUCCCCAAGGCGGGGGAGUUGGCGCGGCAGCCCCCCACCCACCCCGAGGAGACGGAGGAGGAGCUGACGGAGCAGCAGUCUCCCCCCCCGGGUGACGGGGUCGCCCCACUCGCCCCCCUGGAAACUGGGGGCCCCCUGGAGCGCCCGCAGGACCCCGAGGGCUGUGGGGAGCCCCUCGAGCCGGGUGACAGCGGGGACGAGGCCCCUGACGUGACCGAGCUGGGCGUCACCUACAAGCAGGUGUUCCCCGAGGCGCCGCUGCAGCUGUUCCCUGGCCCCCCCCUGGGCGUCCUGGCGCUGCCGCACCCGGCGCUCGCCCGCACCCAGUCGUCCCCGGCCAGCGCUGCCGUGAAGCCCCCCGCGCCCGACGGGCCCCCCCAGCACCUCUUCACCACAGGCGUGGUGUACGACACGUUCAUGCUGAAGCACCAGUGCACCUGCGGCAACACCAACAUCCACCCCGAGCACGCCGGCCGCAUCCAGAGCAUCUGGUCGCGCCUACAGGAGACCGGGCUCCUCGGCAAGUGCGAGCGCGUCCGGGGCAGGAAGGCGACGCUGGAGGAGAUCCAGACGGUGCACUCGGAGCAUCACGCGCUGCUCUACGGCACCAGCCCCCUCAACCGCCAGAAGCUCGACAGCAAGAAGCUCCUGGGUCCCAUCGGCCAGAAGACGUACGCCGUGCUGCCGUGCGGGGGCAUCGGGGUGGACAGUGACACGGUGUGGAACGAGAUGCACUCAUCCAGCGCGGUGCGCAUGGCGGUGGGCUGCCUGCUGGAGCUCGCCUUCAAGGUGGCUGCCGGGGACAUCAAGAACGGCUUUGCCGUCAUCCGCCCCCCAGGGCACCACGCGGAGGAAUCCACGGCCAUGGGCUUUUGCUUUUUCAACUCGGUGGCCAUCUCAGCCAAACUGCUCCAGCAGAAGCUCAGCGUGGGCCGGAUCCUCAUCGUGGACUGGGACAUCCACCACGGGAAUGGGACCCAACAAGCCUUCUACAGUGACCCCGACGUCCUCUACGUCUCCCUGCACCGCUACGACGACGGCAACUUCUUCCCAGGCAGCGGGGCGCCCGAGGAGGUGGGCAGCGGGAUGGGAGUGGGCUACAACGUCAACAUCGCCUGGACCGGCGGCGUGGACCCCCCCAUCGGGGACGUGGAGUAUCUGACCGCCUUCAGGACCGUGGUGAUGCCCAUUGCAACCGAGUUCUCCCCGGAUGUGGUGCUGGUCUCGGCCGGAUUUGACGCUGUUGAGGGUCACUUGUCACCGCUCGGCGGCUACUCUGUCACCGCCAAAUGCUUUGGCCACCUGACGAAGCAGCUGAUGACGCUGGCGGGGGGCCGCGUGGUGCUGGCGCUGGAGGGCGGGCACGACCUGACGGCCAUCUGCGACGCCUCGGAGGCCUGCGUGUCCGCGCUGCUGGGCCUGGAGCUGGAGCCCCUGGACCCGUCCCUCCUGCAGCAGAAGCCCAACGCCAACGCAGUGGCCACCCUGGAGAAGGUCAUCGAGAUCCAGAGCCGGCACUGGGCCUCGCUGCGGGGCUGCGCGGGCGCCGUGGGCCGCUCGCUGCGGGAGGCGCAGGCGGGGGAGACGGCGGAGGCCGAGACCGUGACGGCCAUGGCGCUGCUGUCGGUGGGCGCCGAGCGGGGGGGCUGCGGCCCCCGGCCCAGGCCGGUGGAGGAGCCCGUGGAGCCCGUGGAGGCCAUGGAGGCCGAGCCCGCGCCAUGAGGCCGGUUCCAGAGAAGGGAGGAACACCUGGCAGAGGAAAAACACACAAAAAUCACUAAAACAAACAGAAAAACUACAAAACAACUAUGAAAAAGGAAAAAAAAAAAAGACAAAAACCUGAAGUGGAAGAAACUGGGAGAAAAAAAAAAAAAAGAGGAAAAUAUUUUCUUUUUGUAUUAAAAAGAGAAGAAAAACACACAAAAAAAGGCCCGUCCUGUCCGGCUCACGCGGUGUUUGCGGUUGUGUCUGUGUGCAGCAGCAGUUCACUGGCCUCCCGUCCGUCCAUCCGUCCGUCCGUCCUGUCGCUGCCCGGCCCCCGGCGGCCCUCUUGGUUUUAGGGGGUUUUCCUUGUUUUCUCCCCGUUUCCCGGUUUCCCCCCGCCCGGGUGUCCGUCCCGGGGGCGACGGGGACAUUUGUGCCUUUGAUUCGGUUCUUUAUUUUAAUGCCUUAAUUUCCCUGUGAGCUUUUAGGUUUCCCGGUUGUGUCCCCGCCUCGGUGUCCCCGGUCAGGGUGACAGGGAGGGACGAGCCCCGGUGCCGUCUGUGUCACCGCGGUGGGGGUGACAGGGAGGGACGAGCCCCGGUGCCUCUGUGUCACCGCGGUGGGGGUGACAGGGAGGGACGAGCCCCGGUGCCUCUGUGUCACCGCGGUGGGGGUGGCGGGUCCUGGCGCCUCCGUUGGGACAAAACUUUGUUCUUAAAGGAGAUAAAAAGGAAAAAGCCCAGGGAGCAGAGGAAGAAAGACUUCUUGUCACCGCGCCGGCCGAGGACUUGGAGCCGCCGGAGCUCGGGAGGGACCAGGACAGACCCCCAGGUAGCGCGUUUUCCUACAGAUGGAUUAUUUAAUUGUAUUUUUGUAACGGGGGGGGGGGCAGCGGGGGCGGUGCUUCGUGGUUUCAGUUAUUCUGGGGUCCCGGGGCGGGAUGGGGCGAGGGGGUGUCCCCUGUCCCUGGCGGGGAGGAGGAAGCGGGGGACACGGGCCCAGCUGUCCCCAGGGGGGUCUGUUGGUGGCACAAGCAGCCCGGGACCCGCUCUGUCCCCCCUCUGUUUUGGGGGGGUCGCGGUUGACACCUCGUGUAGAACCGACCCCUCCCGGGGCCGGGGCCGCCCCCCCGCAGCGAGGGUCCUGCUUCGGACCCGUGUCCCCGUGUCCCCCCCUCGGUCUCCGCCCGCUCGCGCUCUCGCCAGGUUCUCAGUUCAGUAUUUUGUACGAUGUCACCGAUGUUCGUCCUUGUACAAAUAAAACUGUUUCUGGCAAUA